AGGGGCCGGGGCGGCGGCGGCGGAGGAGGAGGAGGCGGAGGAGGAGGCGGCGGCGGCAACGGAGGCGGCGGGGGCCGGUACCGGACCCGGCGGGAUGAGCGAGGCGGAGACGGCGGCAGCUGCCCCGGCGGCGGAUGUGGCGGGGGUCGGGGUGGUGUCGCCCGGGGGUGACCUGCAGAAAUCCGGCGUUGGCGGUGGCGGGAUGGGAGGGGGAGUGGGAGCCGCCCCCGCCCCGCCCCCCGCCGGGAUCCCCGCAGCUCCGGGCCCCGCAGCCCCAGGCGCCCAGACGACGGCAGCCCCGGGGACCCCCGCACCCCCCGCCCGGAGCCAGGCGGACAAACCGGUGCUGGCAACCCAAGUUCUGGGCACUGUCAAAUGGUUCAACGUCCGAAAUGGUUAUGGAUUCAUCAACAGGAAUGACACCAAGGAGGAUGUCUUUGUCCACCAGACAGCCAUUAAAAGAAACAACCCUCGGAAGUUUCUGCGCAGUGUUGGGGAUGGGGAAACAGUGGAGUUUGAUGUCGUGGAAGGAGAGAAGGGUGCAGAAGCCGCUAAUGUGACUGGUCCAGGGGGGGUACCAGUGAAGGGCAGUCGCUAUGCUCCCAACCGGCGCCGUUUUCGUAGAUUUAUUCCCCGGCCACGCCCUGCUGCACCCCCACCCCUGGUGGCAGAGGCCCCUACAGGGGUAGCAGAGCCAGGUAGUGAAGGGGAAAGGGCCGAGGACCCCAGUCAGCGACCUCGCCGACGCCGUCCACCCCCCUUCUUUUACCGAAGACGUUUUGUUAGGGGCCCUCGGCCCUCCAACCAGCAGCAGCCUAUGGAGGGUACAGAUGGGGUAGAGCCCAAAGACCCAGCCCCCUUAGAAGGGGACCAACAGCAAGGAGAUGAACGGGCACCUCCACCCAGAUUCCGGCCCAGAUAUCGAAGGCCUUUCCGUCCUCGUCCUCCACAGCAGCCCACCACAGAAGGUGGAGAUGGAGAAACCAAACCUAGCCAGGGUCCUACAGAUGGCUCAAGGCCUGAGCCCCAGCGCCCACGAAAUCGUCCUUACUUUCAGCGUAGGAGGCAACAACCUCCUGGUCCCCGGCAGUCUUCAGCCCCUGAGACCUCAACCCCCAUAACCAGUGGGGACUCCCCUACCACCUUACUGGAGUGAUUCCAACUAGGGGGACAACUAGAGCAGCUAUCUGGUAUCUGCCAACUUUUUCCAACUGCUCCUUCCCUGUCUCCCUCCCUCUCCCCUCCAAAAAAAAAUCCAUGACAUUGAAACAGCGGCCUUCAACCUGUCCCCUCCUUCCCAGGACCCAGGAGGGUAGAACAACUUUUUAAUUUGGUUCAAACCCCCCCACCCCCAAGGGUGGAAGGAAGGGAGUACAUCCUUUGUCCACUGGAGCCAGAUCUCCCUUCCCCCCCACCCCAGUUUAUUUUUUGGGUCUUCUCCUUCCCCCACCCCAAACUCUGAAGCCAUUUGGUGAAAUGUCAUGUGCCACCUGAGCCUCCAGUAAAAAAAAAAAAUUUGCACAGCU